AUGGCGAUGAAGACGGUGAACAAGAAGGUGGUGGCGUUCAUAAUGGGAGCCACCGGUUCGGGAAAAUCGAAGCUGUCUGUUAGCCUGGCCGCCCGCAUUGGCGGAGAGAUAAUCAAUUCCGACAAAAUUCAGGUUUAUAAAGGGCUUGACGUUCUGGGCAACAAGAUUCCCGAGGCGGAGAAGCUCGGCGUGCCUCACUAUUUGCUUGGGCAUAUCGGGAACCCUAAUCAAAAAUACACUGCCCGCGACUUCUGCUUCGAGGCCACGUCGGUGAUCGGCCGAAUCAUCGACUCCGGCAAGGUUCCGGUCGUCGCAGGAGGAUCCAAUUCUUUCCUUGAAGCCCUUGUGGAGGACCCUGAGUUCAAGUUCAAGUCCAACUACUUGGGCUGCUUCAUUUGGCUCGAUGUUUCUCCCAAUGUUUUGAACACUUUUGUCUCCAAACGAGUUGAUCAAAUGCUUAAUCAAGGCCUAGUUGAGGAGGUACGAGGAAUCUUUGGUCCCGACAAAGAUUACACAAAGGGUAUUCGAAGAGCCAUCGGAGUUCCCGAAAUGGACAAGUACCUGAGAGCUGAAUCCAACAAAGACAUGUCUGAUGCUGAGAAGAAGGCGCUGCUUCAAUCUGCCAUUGCUGAAAUCAAGACCAACACUAUAGGCUUAAUCCGCCAUCAAGUACGCAAAAUCCGACGGCUGAGGGACGACCUGGGGUGGCCCAUCCACCGCAUUGAUCCCACCCCCGUGUUACAGAUCCAGGGUGACAAACAGGCUCAGGAGGCUGCAUGGUUGAACAUGGUUUUCAACCCUAGCUUCAACAUUCUGCAAAAAUACCUUUAA